CGUUCUUGCAGCAUGUGAAGCAACUCCCUUUCCUCCCGCCCAUCCCUACAACCCCACAACCACCUCCCCUUCCCCUUGCUCGGCUUCGACAGUCAUGGCUACCAAUAGCAUCAAGCUGUUGACGGGAAACAGCCACCCUCAGCUCGCUAAGCUGGUCGCUGAAAGGCUAGGCAUAGAGCUGACCAAGAUCCUGGUUCUUCAGUACUCCAACCAGGAGACGUCUGUGACGAUCGGAGAGUCCGUUCGAGAUGAGGAUGUCUUUAUAUUACAGUCCACUCCUCCAGGCGAUAUCAACGAUGCCCUCAUGGAGUUGCUCAUCAUGAUCAACGCUUGCAAAACCGCCUCCGCCCGCCGCAUCACCGCCGUCCUACCCAAUUUCCCCUACGCGCGGCAGGAUAAGAAGGACAAGUCACGAGCGCCCAUCACCGCAAAACUCAUGGCCAACAUGCUUCAGACCGCGGGGUGCAACCAUGUCAUCACCAUGGAUCUGCACGCAAGCCAGAUCCAGGGCUUCUUCAACGUUCCCGUGGACAACCUCUACGCCGAACCGAGUACCCUGAGGUGGAUUCGCGAAAACUUGGAUGUCAAGGAAUGUGUCAUUGUCAGCCCAGACGCGGGCGGCGCUAAGAGAGCGACUUCCAUUGCAGAUGGUCUCGAUUUAGGUUUCGCCCUUAUCCACAAAGAACGCGCGCGCCCCAACGAGGUUUCCCGAAUGGUGCUGGUGGGAGACGUCAAGGACCGCACGGCCAUUAUCGUCGACGACAUGGCUGACACGUGCGGAACGCUUUGCAAAGCGGCUGAUGUCGUGAUUCAGCACGGCGCCAAAGAAGCUAUUGCCAUUGUCACGCACGGUAUUCUCAGCGCCAACGCCAUUGAUCAGAUCAACGCCAGCAAGCUUAUGAAGAUCGUCGUUACCAACACGGUCCCCCACGAAGAGAAGAAGGAGCGCUGUGACCGCAUCGAGACUAUUGAUGUCAGCCCAACUCUUGCCGAAGCCUGUAGACGUACCCACAACGGCGAGAGUGUAUCCUUCCUCUUCAAGCAUGCCCCGGUCGAUUGA